AUGCACCCCCUGGAGAUUUUGCCCGAGAUCGCCACGUUCAAACAGACCAUCAAUACGAUGAUGGACCAGCUACAGGUAUUUAGCCAAGAGGUUUCUAAGGUUGCUCGCGAGGUCGGCACCGAUGGAGUCCUGGGUGGACAAGCAAAGAUCGAGGGCAUCAAGGGCAUCUGGGAGGAGCUGACCGUCAAUGUCAACGCUAUGGCGAACAACCUUACGACUCAAGUUCGCGAUAUCACUACAGUGACGACCGCGGUAGCGCAGGGCGAUCUGACGCGAAAGGUGCAGGCGGACUGCAAAGGUGAGAUCUUGUUGUUGAAGAACAUCAUCAAUUCUAUGGUGGAUCAGCUACGGGAGUUCGCUUUUGAAGUCAGUCGGGUCGCUCGAGAGGUGGGAUCAGACGGAACCCUUGGCGGCCAAGCGGUUGUUCACGGCGUGGAAGGGACCUGGAAGAAUUUGACUGACAAUGUGAAUUGCAUGGCCUCUAAUUUGACACAGCAGGUCCGCGAAAUUGCCAAAGUAACGACCGCUGUGGCCCGUGGAGACCUGACCAUGAAGGUGACGGCGGAUGUCAAGGGAGAGAUUUUAGACCUCAAGCUGACGAUUAAUUCGAUGGUCGACCGACUAAAUCAAUUUGCUUUUGAGGUCAGUCGAGUGGCACGCGAAGUGGGAACAGAUGACAAUGUCAACACCAUGGCCCAGAAUCUUACUCUGCAAGUGCGGCAGAUCUCCAAUGUGACCCAGGCUAUUGCCCGUGGCGACCUGAGCACUAAGAUCGAGGUCCAUGCCCAAGGCGAGAUCUUGACCUUGAAGGAAACGAUAAACAGUAUGGUGGAUGGACUGGGUGCAUUCGCACGUGGGCUGAAGGGCGUAGCACGAGACGUGGGCGUGCGAGGGCAACUUGGCGGCCAAGCUAACGUAGAAGGAUCCCUUGGUAUCUGGAGAUCGAUCAGCGAGGACGUCAACACCAUGGCAGACAACCUUACGUCUCAAGUGCGCGCCUUUGGAGAAAUCACAACAGCAGCUAUGAGCGGUGACUUCACAUCACUCAUCACAGUAUCUGCAUCUGGUGAAAUGGAUGACUUGAAACAAAAGAUCAACAAGAUGAUCUCGAGCCUGCGGGACAGUAUCCAGCGUAAUACUGCCGCUCGUGAAGCAGCUGAAUUGGCCAACCGCAGCAAAUCAGAGUUUCUUGCGAAUACCAGCCAUGAGAUCCGUACCCCAAUGAAUGGAAUUAUUGGACUGACUGGUCUAGCCCUCGACACAGACGACAUCCCCGCCUCCGUUCGCGAAACACUAAGCAUGGUGCACAGCCUGGCCUUUAGCCUUCUGACAAUCAUCGAUGAUAUCCUUGAUAUCUCCAAGAUCGAGGCAAAUCACAUGAAGAUUGAAAAGACCGCAUUCAGUCUGAGUACGACCGUGUGGAGAGUGUUGAAAGCUUUCGACGUGCAAACCGUGGAGAAAGCACUAAGUUUGAUUUACUCAGUCGACGGCAGUGUGCCAGAUUACCUCAUCGGCGACGCUUAUCGAAUUCGGCAAGUGAUGAUGAACUUGGUUGGAAAUGCUGUCAAAUUCACCGAUCACGGUGAAAUUCACGUUUCCAUUAAGCAUAUCCAGGAUAUCACUUGCGCAGCCGACGAAGCUACCUUCCAGUUCUCGGUUUCAGACUCUGGGAUCGGAAUCGAACAGAGUAACCUGGGGCUUAUAUUCGAUAAGUUCCAACAGGCAGAUGGAUCCAUGACACGCCGCUUUGGGGGUACGGGUCUGGGGCUCGCCAUUUCUAAGCGCCUUGUCUCCCUCAUGGGUGGGGAUAUCUGGGUCACGUCUAAUCUAGGUGAAGGAAGCACGUUCGGAUUUACUUGCAAGCUGAAGGUCAGUGAGCCUCCAGUGGCUCUGGCCGAGCAAGUUAUGCCUUAUCGAAGUCGCGAGUUCUUGCUCGUUGGCGAUGUCAAACAGGCUGGAUGUCCGGCCGGCCCUCAUCUCGGGCCAAUGCAAUGGGAAGAUGAGCUCUGCAUUCAGUGCUGUUAUCGUCUCAAAGAUGGAAGACGCUUUCGAGUUGCGCACUUGUGGCCAUUUCUCAGCUACCCCCUCGUGUUCAUGGCCCCUGACCUGUCGUUGCCCAUGAAAACCGCCAGUGCGCUCGGUAUAACGGCCUUUAUAACCACCCCUUGUCGUCCCAUCGAUCUCUGGAAUGGAAUUGUUCUUGCGAUGGGAAACCACCAAAACCACCCGCUGCCCGGCAACACUCGGCCUCUCUUAAUCCUGCUUGCCGAAGACAAUGAUGUCAACGUGAAGGUAGCCGUCCGCAUCCUCGAGAAAGCCAAGCACCACCUUACCGUCGUCGGGAAUGGCCUCCAAGCUGUGGAAGAGGUCAAAAAACGACGCUAUGAUGUGGUUCUCAUGGACGUCCGAAUGCCCAUAAUGGGUGGUUUUGAAGCAACUGCGACAAUAAGACAGCACGAAAAGCUGCAAAAUCUCCCUAGAGUACCAAUCGUCGCACUGACGGCGCAUGCAAUGCUCGGAGACCGCGAAAAUGCCUUGAAUCUGGAAUGGAUGAUUAUGUCUCCAAGCCCUUGCAACUAA